UUUAGCUAGGUUUGCCGAAUUGGAGACCCAAAUAGCCCUCUAAAAAAAAAUUAAUAAAGUCUCUUCAAUCUUCUCUUUCCUCGCUUUCUGCUCUCUCUACUCUCUCUCUCUUACUGGUACAACAAUGGAAGCAUCGUCUAGAACCAAAUCGAACCGGCCGGUCCUUCACAGCACCUUCCAAAGGUCAGUCUCGCCGUCAGGCCGGUUUUGCUCUUCGUCAAUCUCAUCUUCUUCGUCAGCUUUCGCUUCUCGACCGGCCGGUUUUUUCACCCGAUCCGCGUCCCCCACUCGAGUCAACCUCCGCGGAUCCGGUUCAUCCUCGCCGUCCGUUCGAUUCUCGAUCGACCGUCCGACCUCUCCUAGCCGUUCGAUCUCCGUGAACCAGAAACAGAGCAAUAAACCGUUUUCCGGCCAGAAAAAGACGUGUAUGUGUUCUCCGACGAACCAUCCAGGCUCGUUCCGGUGUAGUCUCCACAAAAACGUGAACAAUCGUGCUCAAACGGUGUCGUAUCAUUCGAAUCGGCUGAACUCUCGGAGAUCGGCGAUGACGAACUCACUGGUGAGGAUCGGGACUGUGGAGGGAGACUUGGUGAAGAGAGCUUUGGCGGCUUUGAUUCGGCCUUCGUCGCAUCAGCAGAGAAGGAGAGCCGAUUUUCAACCUAGGCCGAGUCGGCUUUCGAUUAUGUCCAAAGCCGAAGAUUCAUGAUUUUUUUUUUUGUGUGUGGAGCGCUGUGGUCCUGUACAGUUGGAUCAGUUUUGUGGAUCCAAAUUCUGUAUUUUUUGAGAUUUUGAGACCUUAAAAGAGCAGACAACUUUAAUCUAAUCAAAUAUUUUAAUCUAAAAUUAAAAUUUAACCAAUUCAAACCUAAUAAUCAGUAUUUUCUUUUGUUUUUUUGGGGUGAGAUUGGUGAUGUGUGUCGUGAUUUUGCAGAGCGAUUGUGCAAUUUUCUGUGGAUGAUUGUGUGGUUGGCAUUUGUGGUGUGCAAGGUAGACCAGUGUCCAGUGUUUCGUGUGUGGUGUCUUGACGUUGUCCGUAGUGAAGAAUCGUGUGAGUUGUGAUAAUUGGAAAUGAUGGGUGAUUGAGGAUCUUUGGAGAAUUUGCUUGCUUGAGAAAGAAGAAUUGAGAACUUGAAGAAAAGUGCCUGAAUGAAUCUGUGGGUGGUGUCGUGGUUACCUGGAUUGGUUGGAUUUGGCGACGGUUGAACUUGAAGCCCAUUGAAAUUGACAUUAAACCUAACCAAAAAAAGUAAAAAACAAAAAAUAAUAAAUAA